UAAAAGUGUGACAGCGGCAAAUAUGAACUGGGUUGGCGGAGCGAGGAAUCGACUGCGUUUUUCAAAUGAGAGAAAAAUACAGAAGGAAUUUUUCGAAAGAAAGAAAAUCACAAAGACUGGAAGCCGACACACAUUGACUUCGUCCAGCAGAAAGCAUAGUGAAGAUCUAAAGGCGAUUCAUACUGUCUCAAAUAUGCAUUCGGAUACAUUUACAUUUCAGCAGCCACGUCGCCCCCUGAAGAUGCUUGAUCUUGACAAGUUUAGGUCCAAAAGUUCAAUACUCCCUGGCAACAUUGACUUAGGACCAUCUUCACCGAUUAAAAACCCUUCAAAGUUGCAACUUUUGGAAGCAAGUCAUCACAAGCAAGUAGCCAGAAAAGUAGAUAGGUCGCCAUUUGAUGAUGAUUUCUUUUACCCCAAAUCCAGUCAGAAAUACUCAAUGUCAAGCUCUAAUGAUGACGAUGAUCACACUUUACAGAUAUCACAACUUCUGAGCAGCCAAAAACAAUUCAAGAUACCUGACAUACCUAGCAGGACACGCACACCUAGCAGUGCAGUUGAGCUGACUGACGACAAAAGAAAAGUAUGGAACAGGAAAUUAACUGAUGAAAUGUUCAAACACUCUAGCUUGCCUACGAAAAAACACAAAAGUACAUUUGAACCAUAUAAUCAAAGUUAUCGUAGCAUUCCCCAUCACGAUUUCUCUACAGAUUUGUUGGAGAAGAAUAUAAAACAGGACCAAAGCAAAUCAUUUCUGAAACUAGGUACGCAUAGACCUGCACAAGCCAUACCGUUUGUUUCUAAAUCAACACCAAUAAAUCCUACUGGAAUAAAUAUGUUCAUUACAGAGGACUUCCAAAUGACGCCUAUAAGGAAAUAUCACGUAGAAGAAAAUCCGAUACCAAAUUUGGGAUUGAGUCAUUUAAAUAGAAAUGUUGAACUUUCUGAUCUCAGUGAUGUUGAAAGACCAACAAAUGUUGAACGAAGAUCUCGCAUUUUUCAAGGCGAGGAUUUCAUGCAGACACCACUUACUAACGAAACGCAGUUAAGCGAAAUGUUUCAUACACCAAUGAAGACAAGUUUCUUUAAAAGUACAAUUUCUCAAUCAGUCGGCGAUGUCGUAACUCAUGACAAGCCAGCUCUAGUCAAAGACCAGGACGAAGAAAAUGAACCGACCAGAUAUUUGACCGAAGCACGUUUCGAAACACCAUUAUAUAAAUUUACGCCCAAGACACAGCUGCAACCUGUUUCUAUUGAAGAAAACCAUGAUAUGCUAGCAGCUCGCCAAAACACGCACGGGGAAUCUUCUGAACGGGUUUCAUCGUUUAUGACAACACUCCACGGGUUUAGAGAGUCCUCAACUGAAAGGUCUAAAAUACGACACACGACGGAAUCAGAGAUGGCGUCUUUUCCAGAGACGGCCAAAAUGCAAGAUUCACCUAAAGAAUCAGCUUCUCUCAGCGUUUUUGACCACCGAGCCGAAAAAGAUGAAGAAGUAGACAAAAAUAGCACAACACAUGGAAAUGGAAAUAUGAUGACGGAGAUCUUGGAUGAGAUGCAAGAACUGGAGGAGCAAGACAAAAUGGAUGAAUGGAUGAUGGCAGAUGAAUAUGAUAGCCCACACCAGGAAGAACCGUGCAUAGAUCAGAUCGAAGAAGAGGAGAUUUUAUUUCAGAGCGUAGAAGAGGUGAAGCAAGCGAUGAACGAUAUAUUGACCAGAGUGGUAGCUGACUGUAGUGAUGACUUCGAAUUUGAUCAUUAUGACUCGCUCACGGACGUUCAGUGUUCUCAACAAAUGGCUCAAAAUCCUGAGGGUACAAUAGAAGAAUUGCAUUAUCAAUGCUCAGAUAAAAAUAUUUCACAUCAAAGUGAUUUCAACGAGAUGACAACUUCAGAACUAUCUGCAAAUGACGGUGAUGUCGUGGCGACUAUCUGCGAUGCGUCUACAUCAACCGUCGACGUAGAAACGUGUGAUAAAGGUACACAAUAUUCUCCAACAACAUACAAUGUGCCUCUACCUCUUGAAGAAUUACUCUCUAGAUCUCGGUGGCAUCGACAGUUUUCUGUCAAACCAAUUCAACAGGGAUGUGAAAAAGGCGAGGAAGAAAAAUCUAAUUUGGAAUCUGGAACGGCAACAUCGGAUGAAGUAGAAACUACGUACUGCUUAAGGUCUAGAAAAAAGGUCUAACUCUUUUCAUAUGUGUUUGAUGAUAACAUUGUAUGAUUGAGCUUUAUAAAUGCUAAUCAGAUGGUAGUCAGUGGAAAAUGAAGGCAAUCAGUUUUCUUCAUACCCGAUUAAUUUUCAUUCUUAAAUAGGAGUAGCCUCCCCUUUAUCGCAAUAACUGAUUU